ACACGGAAGCAGCACUGUGGUCUCUCCUGUCUGGCAGCUCCUCCGUGCGGCUCUACUGUGAAGAGAAAACCAGAGAUUUCUCCUCUUUUUGACCAGUUUGUUUGACCCCUGAAGCGUUGACUGUGUGAUCCCGGACAGCAGGAUGCUCUCACCGAGGUUGCUGUUGCUGCGGUCGGCUGCGUCGUUGGGCAGCAGGUCGUUCUGCGCAGGAGCAGCGUCGAAGCAGGGCAGGGCGCCCGACAUGGUCGAGGGAAACCCACUGUUACACGUGUCCAACGUGAGGAACCGGCUCAGAGAAAUCGUGGGAGCUUCAACCAACUGGAGCGACCACCAGCAGGCCAUGGCGGAGCGCGUCUCGCUGUCGUCCAUGUUGGCCUCGUCCCAGCAGGACCUUCCAGUCAAGAGGAUGAAGGACAGCUACCUGGAGGUUCACCUGCCUCUGGGCUCCCAGCCGCAGCUCCGAGAGAAGUACCUGACCUUCCACAACACCGUCAGGUUCGGUCGGAUCCUGGAGGAUUUGGACAGUUUAGCAGUCCUCAUCUCUUACUCCCACACCUACAACUCGGCGCUGAAGAGGUCUCCGCUGUCCAUCGUCACCGCCCUGGUGGAUAAAAUCGACAUGAGGCAGCACAUCAUCUACCCCGACUGCGACAUCAAGUUCAGCGGCCGCGUGACGUGGGUGGGACGGACGUCUAUCGAGGCCAAGAUGCACAUGUCACAGUACCGCGAUGGAGCUUAUGCCCCGGUUCUGGAUGCUACGUUCGUCAUGGUGGCCCGAGACCCAGAAAACAAGAGGGCGGCGUUUGUAAACCCUCUGAAGCCCGACGGUCCGGAGGAGGAGAAGCUCUUCCAGGAAGGAGAAGCGAACAAAUCUCGCCGCGUGGAGCUGAGCACGGCGUCGCUGCUGAAAGUCGCUCCCACGGACGAGGAGAGGAAGAUCGUUCACAGCCUCUUUCUCAACACCCUCGACACCAACACCGUCAGCUUCCGCAGCAGAGUUCUGCCUCCAGACUCGGUGUGGAUGGAAGACGCCAAACUGAAAGGACUGGAGAUCUGCCACCCUCAGGAGAGGAACAUCUUCAACAGGAUCUUUGGAGGCUUUCUGAUGAGGAAAGCCUACGAGCUGGGCUGGGCCAACGCCUGCUCCUACGGAGGCUGUCGGCCGAGUCUGGUGGCUGUGGACGACAUUCUCUUCCAGAAACCGGUGGAGAUCGGCUCGUUGCUGCUGCUGUCGUCGCAGGUGUGCUACACGCAGGGGAAGUACAUCCAGGUGCGAGUCCACAGCGAGGUGUUCGACCCGCUGACCCGGCAGCACAGCACCACCAACGUCUUCCACUUCACCUUCAUCUCGGACCGCGACGUCCCCAGCAUCAUCCCCAAGACUUACGGAGAGUCGAUGUUGUACCUGGACGGGAAAAGACACUUUAACCAGACGGUGGAGUCCUGAGGGAUGGACAACCUGCCAAAGCCUUUUGCCAUCUGAACAGAAUUUACUGAAAACAACUUUUUAUAUCGCGCUUCUUUUUACUUUUACACACCCACAUGGAGACAUUGUUGGAUUUAUUUUGCUUUAUUUGCUCUGGAGGUUUAUGUUUUGCUGUUUUCGGUUCACUACAACACAACAAAAGCAGAUUUUUGUGGUCAUUUUUAAACAGUUUACAUCUUUUCAGCAGUUUGGACAAAAUGAAGCCGAAGUUCUCGUCUUUGUGGUAGACCUCGUAUAUUCCUGCCUCGCUGUAUGCAUGGGGGUGCAUCAUGUUACACUUUUAUAUUCCUCUGUCGCUUAUACGCACAAACAUUUUUUUUAUAUUGAAGCUUUGUUCUACAUGUCAGACGAGGAGGGCGUCACUUUUCUUGCCUUAAGUUGUUAAUUUACUCAAAUGCAAUAAAUAAAGUCUUAUUUAUCUUGAC